GUUUGAUUCCCACACUUAUGAGAUACUCAAUGAGACUUAAAACACUACAAUGCUAUAGUCAGUGCUUACAUUCCAUUUAAGAAGAGGAUUAUGGGUGAUUAAAAGGAAACAACUAAUCUUUUGACAGUGGUUGUUAAUGAAUAUUUACAAUAUUUUAAAUGAGAAUAAAUGAAUGAAAUUGUUUACAUGCUAAUAACUAAUAAAGUUGAUAGAUUACGUACUUUGAACUCAAUCGUUUUUCAAGUGAAUAAUUUAAAGAUUUAGUCAUCAGUGAAUAUGUGGUGUAAGGGUGAAAACGGAUAUUGAGCUUAUGAAAGCUUAUUUGGUAUACUGGUGUUAGUAGUAGAAGUGGUAGUGAUCACAAUGUAACUCCAAUGACAAGAUUUAUUCUUUUAAUAAAAUAAAUUACAAUUGAAUGCAUCUUAAGUUUUAAUUAAAAAUAUAGAACAUUGAGUACAAAAAUAAAACAGUAGAGUAAUUUGUCGUCAACAUUUUAAGAAAAUUGAAAAAUGAACCGCAAUUUCAUGAAAAAGAAUCAUUAUUAUCAAAUUAUAUGGAUCUUUCUAACAAUAACCAUUAUACCAGAAACCUUUUCAAUUGUUAUUCAUACUAAUAAACCUUAUGAAUUAAUUCUUGAUAAUAACAAUCAUGAUAAUAAUAAUAAUAAUUACUAUGAUAGUGAAAAUGAUGACGAUGGAAUCAAUUAUGGUAGAAUAAACAGUGAAGAUCAUAAGAAUGAUCCAUCAGAUUAUCAGUUAUAUUCAAGAUAUCUAAAUUCUAUGAAUCAUCAAAAUAUUCAUCAUCGUUCUAUACGGAAUCCAUGUACACGUAAAAUAUCUAUAAAUCCUAAAAAAAUAAUUUACAAACGCCUUUCAUUGGAUGAUUUUGAAAAAAAACGAGCUGCUACUGCCGUAUCAUCCUCAUCAUGGCAUUCUCCAUCAUUCUCAUUUAAUGGUGAUAUGCGUUUCAUUUCAAAUUUACGACAUAUGAUGACUGGUUCCAAUCCCUUAACAGCUAUCGGGUAAUUACAAUACUACCAAAUAGUAUUAUUGAUAAAAAAACUCUAAUUAUCAGUUUUUAUGUAAAAGAGAUUAAAAAGUAAUGGCAAUAAUAAUAAUAAUAAUAAUAAUAAUAAUGAUAAUAAUAAUGAAAAAUACGUCUACUUUAUCACGAAGAGAUAGGAAAGGGAAACGCAAAAUGAC